UCCAGUCUAAUCUGAUGAAUGGUUUUCUCUUGGUAUGAUGACAUGUGGGAUAUUUCUUAGAGAGCCGUUAAUGAGAGAUGGUGUUUCUUCUAGUCAUUGGCAGUGGAGCACUGGUCAAGCACAGACUCAAGGACAGAGACAGCAGUGAGGAACAGAUGGUUGACCAUUAGUCUUCGAGAAAUUCAUGGACACAGGCCAAGUUCAGAUCGAGACUAACCGGAAGCACAUGGACGAGAAGCCAGUGACAACAAGCAUGGCAGAAGAGUUUGGGCUGAUCGGUACUAUAGCUGAGGAUGACGAGAUACAAGUAGAGCCAGAGAGCAGUGACAGUGAUGAUGAGGUUGUGCCAAAAAAGAAAAAGAAGAAAAUAGUAGCGAAUGGUGAUUUUGACAGCAAUUUCACUUUUGUUGAUCAGGCCUCAGGGGAAGGAGUCUGGAAUAUGGACAUAGCUCUGCAGUUUGCCAAGAAGAAGGUUCAUUCUACAUCACUGGAUGAAAAAAUUGCAAAGCUGAGGAAACAACAAAAGAAAGAAAAGGAAAAGCAGGACAAAAGUGAACAAGCAGAAAAAGACGAAGAGGAAGAUGACGACAAAGAUGAGGAAGAAGAGCAAGAAACAGAGGAGGAGUCUUCAGAGUCAGAGGAAGAAGUUAUAGCAGAUCAGGUAAAGGUUAAACAAAAGAAGAAAAAGAAGAAGAAAAAGAGCCAGCAAGAAGAUGAUACUGAGGGAGAGAAGAUAAAUUUUUCGGAAAGUAUUGACACGUUUGACGAAACACUCACUUUCCAAGAUAUGAACCUAUCACGGCCAUUGUUGAAAGCAUUGAGUAUGAUGAAGUUUGACAAACCCACACCUAUCCAGUCAGCCACCAUCCCUGUCGCUCUUCUUGGAAAGGACAUUUGUGCUUGUGCCGUGACAGGAAGUGGAAAAACUGGAGCAUUCAUGCUACCUGUCCUGGAGCGUCUCCUGUACAAACCCAAGACAGCGCCAGUCACCAGGGUACUGGUGGUGGUACCUACAAGAGAACUGGCGGUCCAGGUGCACCAGGUGGGGCGCCAACUGGCACAGUUCACAAACGUGGAAAUCUCCCUGUCUGCUGGUGGCUUGGAUAUCAAGGCACAGGAAGCUGCUCUUCGCCUUGGACCUGAUGUUGUCAUAGCAACCCCAGGGAGACUCAUUGAUCAUCUUCAUAAUGCACCAAACUUUAACCUUCAAAGCAUAGAAAUUCUUAUCUUAGAUGAGGCAGAUAGAAUGUUAGACGAGUAUUUUGCUGAGCAGAUGAAGGAAGUGAUACGCUUGUGUUCAAGGACAAGGCAAACCAUGUUGUUUUCAGCUACAAUGACAGAUGAGGUGAAAGACUUAGCUGCCGUUUCCCUCAACAACCCAGUAAAGGUGUUUGUGAAUGACAGCACAGAUGUCGCCUACAACCUGAGGCAAGAGUUUGUCAGAAUACGCCCCAACAGAGAGGGGGACAGGGAGGCCAUUGUAGCAGCACUGGUAAAGCGGACUUUCCAUGAUCAUGUGAUAGUGUUUAUUCAGACCAAGAAGCAAGCUCACAGAAUGCACAUUGUUCUUGGUUUAUUAGGCAUCAAAGUCGGGGAGUUACAUGGAAACUUGUCCCAAUUACAGAGAUUGGAGGCACUGAAGAAGUUCAAGUCAGAAGAGAUAGAUGUCCUGCUGGCCACAGACCUGGCAGCCAGAGGUUUGGACAUCCAAGGAAUUAAAACUGUGAUCAAUUUUACUAUGCCAAACACAAUAAAACACUAUAUUCACAGAGUUGGGAGGACAGCAAGGGCUGGGAAAAGUGGAAGGUCAAUUACACUUGUUGGAGAACAAGAGCGGAAGUAUCUGAAAGAAAUUGUAAAAAAGGCAAGAAACCCAGUUAAAAGCAGAGUCAUUCCACAAGAGGUGAUCACAAAAUACAGGACCAAAAUAACCAAAAUGGAGAAGGACAUUGUAGAGGUUAUGAGACUGGAGCAAGAGGAGAAAGAGAUGAGAAUCUCAGAAUUACAAGUCAACAAGGCACAAAAAAUGAUUGAGCAUCAGUCAGAAAUAAUGAGUCGCCCAAAACGAACCUGGUUCCAGACGCAUCAGGAAAGAAUGCAAGAAAAAACUGCAUUAUCUCUUGGGAAGUUUUCCAUGUUACCCAGUAAUAGUGCCAAAAAGAAAAAAGUUUUUACUGCAGAUGAUCGUGCAAAUUUUGAAAUUGAAAAAGCAUCAGCAUACCAAGCCAGGGAAGCAAAAAGGUCCAGGAAACCGAAACGUAUUCGUGCAAUCCAGGAAGAAGAAGACAGAAGUCAAAAACCCUCAAAGAAAAAGAAGAAACCUGGCAGCAAGUCAAAUUUUGAAAAAGAGCUGACUAACACAAGCAGACGUGCUGUGAAGAAAUUCAGAGCAGGACCAUCGAGGGAAGAGCGUAAAGAAUAUGCAAAUAAAAAGAAACAGCCAGUGAAGAAAUUCAAAUCUAAGAGCAGAUACAAGAGAAAGUGAGCUCUACAAGUGGUACUAAAACUGGUCACCUGCUAUAACUUUGAGUACAAAAAGAAUGGAUAGACUUCUUCAAAGAAUUUUUUGAUAAUGGGUCAUUUUCAUCUGACCCAGCAUGUGACUAUGCAGGUGAUUUUUGAUUUGAAGAACUUUAUUUUAAAAUAAACACAAUCUUAAAGAUGUAUUUCAAGUCCAAAUUUUGCAACAAAACCUGGCCAAGUGCAUCCAUAUAUGCAUGUAGUUUCAAACAGUAUAAUUUAGAGAAAUGCCAAACAGGGCAUUGUUUCACAUUUCCCUAAAAAUAAAAUUUGAACAGAUGUUUUCUCUUUCUUUCUGUGCUCUGUAUACCCCUCGGCAGUCUCAUUUUAAUAAAUAUGCAAUUGCCUCCGCAGCUGCAUUUAUACAUGGGA